UCGAAACUCAUCUCAGCAAAAAUGUCUGGCCGCGGCAAAGGAGGAAAAGUCAAGGGAAAGGCAAAGUCCCGAUCAUCUCGUGCCGGACUUCAGUUCCCAGUCGGUCGUAUCCAUCGUCUGCUCCGCAAGGGCAACUACGCAGAACGUGUCGGAGCUGGAGCUCCCGUCUAUCUGGCCGCUGUCAUGGAAUAUCUGGCAGCUGAAGUGCUGGAAUUGGCAGGAAACGCCGCUCGUGACAACAAGAAGACCCGUAUCAUCCCGCGUCAUCUUCAGUUGGCCAUCCGUAACGACGAGGAAUUGAACAAACUGCUUUCGGGCGUCACCAUUGCUCAGGGAGGUGUUCUGCCAAACAUCCAAGCCGUUUUGCUGCCCAAGAAGACCGAAAAGAAGGCUUAAACUAGGAUCAUCUCUUCUUCAAACCAAACCGUCCUUUUCAGGACGACAAACAUUUAUGUUAAGAGUUUAAUGAUACUUUUG